UCUCUCUCCAUUGCCCAUGGUCUUUUAACCAUUAAAUCACAGUAGCAUUUUCCAGAUUCCUCCUUUUGUUGCUGUUGGAUUUUAUUCUAUUUGAUUAGGGGUGGACGGCCACGAUGAAGUACAGGACCGUGGUGAUGUACUUGGAGGUGGGCUGCUUCGUGUCGUGUCUGUGCGGCUGGGUCCUGGUUUGCUCCACCUUGCCCACGGAGUACUGGAACUUCUCUGAGGUGGGCAGCACCGUCCUAACCACCGCCAACUACUUCUCAAAUCUGUGGAUGGACUGCAUCUCGGACACCACGGGCGUCUCCGACUGCAAGUACUACCCCUCCAUGCUGGGACUCUCCGCGUUCCUCCACGCGUGCCGCGCGCUGGCCGUGGCGUCCGUCGCCACCGGCUUCUUCGGCGGCGUCCUGACGCUCAUCGGGAUGAAGUGCACCAAGAUCGGCGGCUCGGAGCUCGCCAACGCCCGGGUCACCUUCGCAGGAGCGGUCACGUAUUUUGUAUCAGGUCUCUGUGGGAUGGUCACCUACUCACUUUGGGGCAACCGAGUCGUUAGCGAGUUCAAGGAUCCAAACUUUGUGUCACAGAAGUUUGAGCUGGGGGCGGCGGUCUUCGUGGGCUGGGGCGGAUCCAGCCUCCUGCUUGUUGGAGGGGGCCUUUUGAGCUAUCUCUCUGGCAGAGAGGGCCUACACUUCAGUAGCGACAAGGGUCCGCGCCGACCCGCAACAUACGCCCAGGCCCGCUCCAGACGGACGUACGCAACAGCGCGGACUAGACGGACCUACGGACCACCUCUGUUCUACCAGGGCCGCGACAGCAGGGGGGUCCGGAGCACGAGGACCCCUGGGACCAUCAGGACACCCAGGACCACCAGCCAGCCCAGGACCAUCAACUUCCCCGGGAGCGAGGAGUUUGUAUGACGGUCGCAGCCGCUUGGUCAGAGACUCAUGAGUUUUUGUUUUUUUAAGCCUUUUGUAAUACUUAUUCGUGUUGUUGUAUGAACUGGACUUUUUAUUAUUUUUUUGUUCUUUGUGUGUCAAGAAAUGUUUCAAGAUUGUUGGUCUGUGACUUAUUUUUUUAUGACUUGUUUUAACCUCUAACCCAAAAACAUCUUACUUAACGUCAAACUGAUUUAUAUGAAUUUAAACAAUAUCUUAUCUAUCCCACUAAUCCAUCACUUAAGGUAUCAAAUUCACCAUCAAAAUGCCAACUGUAAUCCUAACACAGACCCUCAAUCCUACCUCAGCCAAAACACUAACCUUCUAAUACUGGGCCCGCCCUAAGGAUGCUGCAACCCUCCCCUGCCCAAUGAUUGGUCAGUCACCUGGUAGCAGAUCCCUGAUUGGUGAGCAACAAGAGCGAACUAGAUUAUCGUUAGCAGAUUGGUGGUUCUUUGGGUUG